GGUCGAAGGGGUGGGUCUUUACAGUAAUCUUUACAAAAUGGCGACUGUUGUUGUUUUGCCGCAGGGUCAGUGAAUAAAUCCGUUUUUUAUUUCAAUAAUUUUCUGCUAAUUUGCAGAAACUGUACUGAAAAAAACCAAGCGUCCCAAGGGUCGGCUCCGUGUGGACUGAAAUGAAAGGUAAAGAGCGGUCGCCGAUUAAAAAACGCUCCCGGGCCUUGGAUGAUAUUCGAGACAGGGGAGGAUGCCACCCGACCAGCAAGAAAAUGGGGGCUCUCUCCGUUUCCAGUGGGAGUAAUAAUGGAAAUAGCUCGACCAAAGGCGACGGCGGCUCGACAAGAAGGAGUCUGCUAGGUGAAAAAAGAGACAGAGAUUUCGACGGUCAUAGUCGGAUUGGAAAUAAUCACAGUUGUCAGUCUUCUGCUGCUAGCUCCGUCGGUAAAAACCACAACCUGAGCCUGACGCUGGAUUUAGCCUCACCGAGGACCACUUCACGGGGGGAGCAGCGGGUUCAGCCACCCAGCGCCGAGAGUGAGUACAAAACCCUCAAAAUAAGCGACCUCGGCACCCAGCUGAGCGACGAAGAUAUAGAGGAUGGACUCUUUCACGAAUUUAAAAAAUUCGGAGAUGUGAGCGUUAAGAUAAGCCGUAGCAACGACGAACGGAUAGCGUUCGUGAAUUUCAGGAAGCCGGAGGACGCCAGAGCUGCUAAGCACGCCAGGGGACGGUUGGUGCUGUACGACCGUCCGCUAAAAAUUGAGGCAGUGUACAUAAACAGGAGGAGAAGCCGCUCCCCUGUGGAGAGAGACUUGUAUGGUGCAGCUCAGAGCCAUAGACAUUUGCAGAGACCCCUCUCGCCCACCGGGCUUGGAUACAGAGACUAUCGGCUGCAGCAGCUGGCCUUGGGACGUCUCCCCCCUCCUCCGCCGCCCCCUUUGCCCAGAGAACUGGAGCGAGACAGGGAGUUUGCCCUGUUUGAAGCCAGGGCACGUCCGGCUUUCAUUACAGAGCGAGCAGCUUUUCGUGAGGAAGAUUUUAUAUCUCCAGAAGAUGACCAAAGAGCCAAUAGGACGUUGUUUUUAGGCAAUCUGGACAUAACUGUUACAGAAGCAGACCUGAGGAGAGCUUUUGACAGGUUUGGGGUCAUAACAGAAGUGGACAUUAAAAGACCUACAAGAGGACAAAUCAGCACAUAUGGAUUUCUGAAAUUUGAGAACCUUGACAUGGCUCACCGUGCUAAGCUUAGUAUGUCUGGCAAAAUAGUGGGCCACAACCCCAUAAAGAUAGGCUAUGGGAAAGCAACUCCCACCACACGCCUGUGGGUGGGUGGACUUGGACCUUGGGUUCCUUUGGCCGCCCUGGCAAGAGAGUUUGAUCGCUUUGGCACUAUAAGGACCAUUGACUACAGAAAGGGGGACACUUGGGCCUACAUUCAGUAUGAAAGUUUGGAUGCUGCACAAGCGGCAUGCACACACAUGAGGGGCUUCCCGCUGGGAGGCCCAGAGAGAAGACUUAGAGUGGACUUUGCUGACACUGAGCAUCGUUACCAGCAGCAGUUCCUGCAGCCUCUCCCAAUACCACCUUUUGACAUGGUGGCUGAGUCUUUUGUUCACCGAGCCACUCCUGAACCUCUGAGGGUCAGGGAACGAACUCCACCGCCGCUUCACUUCAGGGAGAGAGAGCUCUUUCCUGGAACUGAGUGGCCCAACCCAGCUAUUCGUGAUCGGGUACGUGCCUCACCCUUUGAGCCUCUGGAGCACUUGGAACGUGAGCGGCGAGCACGGGAGCCCUGGUCUUUGGAACGAGAGCUGCAGGGACGAGAACCUGCACGCAAGCGGCGUGUAAUGGAGGAUGGACGCCAUGUAGACCACUCACCUGACAGCACUGAGAGGACAGUAAGACGUAGACGUGCUUCUCCAGAUGGUAGUCCUGGAGGUAGCAGCAGAGAUGGAGGACGCUUCAGUGACUCAGAGCGCCCUCUGCGGGGCGAGAGACCCUCCCCCACCCGAGAACAUCACAGCAGCCUGGAAAGAGGUGGGGCUGAACGGAGGCUCAAAAGCCAGAGUCUCUCUGACAAGGGACCUUCAAGCAGCAGCGUUUCAGCAGUUGGAGAGCGUAAGCGCAAAGCAGGCGAUGGUGGUAAGGGGCCGACCAAGAGAGAACGUUCUGAGAACAGUUCCAAGGGAGGCCAGCCGUCCAAACCAGAUGGCACCAAACUCAGUUUGGCCUGGCAUGGUAUGCUGUUGCUCAAGAACAGCAACUUCCCAGCCAACAUGCACCUGUUGGAGGGCGAUCACAAUGUAGCCAGUGACCUGCUUGCUGACGGCACAACAGGGAGGCAGGUGAGUGAGCUAAAGAUCACCCAGCGUCUCCGUCUGGACCAGCCCAAGCUUGACGAGGUGUCCCGGCGCAUCAAGGUGGCGGGUCCCGGCGGCUAUGCCAUCCUGCUGGCAGUUCCUGGGACCACAGAGGAUACAUCUUCGUCUGACCCUGCCCUCUCAACUCAGCGGCCGCUUCGCAACCUGGUGUCCUACCUCAACCAAAAACAAGCAGCUGGAGUCAUCAGCCUACCUGUGGGAGGAAGCAGAGAUAAAGACAACACGGGGGUUCUUCAUGCUUUCCCUCCCUGUGAUUUCUCCCAGCAGUUCCUGGAUUCCUCUGCCAAAGCUCUGGCUAAUAGUGAAGAGGACUAUCUGGUCAUGAUUGUGGUUCGUGGAGCAUCUUAAAAAAAUCAGAACACACUAAGUUCAAGUGGUGUUAAAAAAAAAAAAAUCUGCUGUAUGUCAAUAACUAUUGCAUGCUGUGUUCUGCAUUAGGGGGUACACUAGUAUGGUUCUUAAGUGUUUGUAUGUUGCCAUGUAAUCCACUUAAAGGACAAACAGUGCUCUCGUACAAAACUAAAAGGGUGUGUGUUUUUGAAAUUAUUUUUAAUGAAUUGCUCACAAGGUCAUAAACCUGCAGUAAUUCAGUCAGAAUACUGUAAAACACUAAAAUAUGAGGAGCAUUUGUUGAAUCAAUUUCAUUUAAGAAGAGAUAAGUCCAUAUAGAAAACAAAUUUUGGUUAAUUUACCGUUUUAAAAUCUUGGUUAUCCAGCUACUACGAGAAAAGAACUGGAACAUUUAGAAAUGCAAUGAGUGGACACAAUAACACCUCCACUACAAUAAAACCACAAACCAUGGCCACACAAGCUACAAUAUUGACACAGUUUUUACAAAAGCUGAAAAUUACAAGCUUAACAAAGGUCAUGUUUGUUUCUGGGCUAUUAUACCAUAUUGCCUUAGAUUGUAUAGGUGUUGUUAUUGUGUCUACCUGCUAUACAGGUAUUUACAUGAGGGGAAUCAGAAAACAUCCUUUUCAAAGCUUUGAAUUACAGUGCAAUAAUAUUUCUACUAUAAUCACUUUUUGAUGGAUGGAGACAAAGUUGAGCAUGACAUUUUUGAAGUUAAGGUUUUCAGUAAAGGUGUAGUGAAUGAUUUGGUACUGCAGUUACAAAGCUAAUCUCUUUGGGGAAAUGAUCCUGGUAACAUUUUGAAGGUCAAAACAUGUUGCACAACUCUUCUCCAGCGCACCACCCUCCAUUCACCAGACAUUUUUGGCUAUCUUGCCCUCCUCAGGUAACCACCCUGAUGGCAAAAAGAUAGCUUAAAAAGUUUGGUGAACGGAGUGUGGUGUACUGAAGAAGAGUUGUGCGAUGUGUUUUAAUUUUGAUGGUAUUAACAUUGAAGCUCACACUGACCUGCCUGUGUGCGUUCUCAAAGUUGGGAAAACAUUUUGAAGGUCACUAGUUAAAUGUCUCUAGAUACACCUCACACAUUUCAGUUACUUAUGUUGCGAAUUCUGUUACAAAUUACAAAAUAUUUUCAGGUUCAUGGUUUGGAUUUGAGUAUAUCUUUUAUUAAUGUGUUCCUCAAUAUUGGAACACCAAAUUGCAAGAUAGACAAUGAACUCAGUGUGUGUCCACUGGUAAAGCUAAAUUGUUAUGUCAACUUUAUGUGGAAUGCUGAAUACUAACAGAUGUGAGAUUUUUGCCCAGGGAACAGCCUAUAAUACAUUACGCAUAGCAUAGUAAAGCAAAUACUAACAUGUUUUUCAUAUUUUUUACUUCCUAUUUUAUUUUGUGCAUCCCUACCUUUAGAAAUGGUUGUGUAAUGUGAUCUAUGAAAAACUACAGUAGUAAUGGAUAAAAAGCUUAGAGAGUUUUGUGUUGUUUCAUUUAUUGCUCUGAAACCAGUAGGUCCUCCAAGAAUAAUAAUAUUUAAGUAAGAUGUUGGUACAAAGUUAAAAAAAAAUCUGCAAUUUGCUAUUAGUAAGUAGGUCUGUGUAAUUUUAAAGUUUUAGAAAUACCUUAACAGUUAAUUGAAUAAUAUUUUACUCAUGCCUGUCAACAUGUUCCCAAGGCCUACUUACCGUACUUUGUUUUGCCAUUGUAUGUUUGUCAUGCAAUAGUAACCCAUCCUGAAUUAUAAUUUGCUGAGUUUGCUUUAUUAUGUAUUGAAAACAUUAAUAUGUCGGAAAAUUGUUAUAUGUGUGACGUCACACCCACUUCAGCGGCGGACUCCUGAGGAGACGAGUGCAGAGCUGAAAACCUCUGCAGAGAAGGCUACCUAGUGUUUGUGAGUCCUCACUAAUGAGGCAGCUUUUAAGUUGUGUAUCCCAUCUGCACCUGUGAUGACUUCUGUUUUAAAUGGAAAAUUGAGCAAUGUACACUUUGAUGUCAUGGGAAAGGAAAAUCCGUAGAGCCCAUGCGAAGCUGUUCACAUACCUGCAAGUGCGUUUGGGCACUUAAUGUGACCGAUUAUCAAUAAAUUGUUCAUUUGAAGGGAAA